AGUCUUUCUUCAAUUUCGGUUACUGUCAGGGAAUAAAUGGACGGAGAUGAAACGUAAUGGCUGUCUGUGAAUGCAUAUUACAGACGGGAGGCGACGGAGGAAGCUACGGUCGCCGGAAAGUUGAUCGGAGGUAGGAGACGACCGACGGAGUUGAACGAAGUCAAGUCAAGGAAAUCUCGACGACUCCGUUCUGCUCGCAGCAGUCGGCUGCUUCGAGGUUUCUGAUUAUAUAUUUUAGUCUCCGCACCGAACGCGAAGGCAAUCCUGUCGUUACUCUGAUUCAAGCGUUGAGUUGGGGCAUCCGUGAGUGAAGAAAACAAUGGGAUGCUUUGGUUGCUGCGAAGAAGAUGCUAUCCAGAAGGCCGCUGAUGACAGCAGAAUGUACCCAGUUAAAAGUUCAUUAGGAACUGAUGAAAGCUAUCACAAAUGGCAAGCUGCACCUAAGAGUCCUCCAAUAGUGAAAAUGCGGCCAAUUGAGGUCCCUGCCAUAUCAUUUCAGGAACUAAAGGAGGUUACAAAAAAUUUUGAUGCAGACAGUUUGAUUGGAGAGGGUUCCUACGGUAGAGUAUACUAUGGGGUAUUUACAAAUGGGCAGUCUGUGGCAAUCAAAAAGUUAGAUUCCAGCAAACAACCUGAUGAUGAAUUCUUAUCCCAGGUUUCCAUGGUUUCAAGACUAAAGCACAAUAAUUUUCUAAAUUUGAUUGGGUACUGUGUUGAUGGCAAUUCUCGAAUUCUUGCAUAUGAGUAUGCUUCAAGUGGAUCUCUUCACGACAUUUUACACGGGAGGAAAGGAGUCAAAGGAGCACAGCCUGGUCCUGUUCUUUCCUGGGCACAGAGAGUAAAAAUUGCUGUAGGGGCUGCAAAGGGGUUGGAGUAUUUACAUGAAAAGGCUGAUCCUCAUAUCAUCCAUCGGGACAUAAAAUUGAGCAACGUUCUAAUAUUUGAUGAUGAUGUUGCAAAAAUUGCUGACUUUGAUUUGUCAAACCAAGCCCCUGAUAUGGCUGCACGGCUUCAUUCCACUCGUGUUCUUGGAACCUUUGGUUAUCAUGCUCCCGAGUACGCAAUGACUGGACAAUUGAAUGCCAAGAGUGAUGUGUACAGUUUUGGUGUUGUCCUGCUUGAACUUUUGACAGGAAGAAAGCCAGUUGAUCAUACAUUACCUCGAGGACAGCAAAGCCUCGUGACAUGGGCAACGCCCAAACUUUGCGAGGAUAAAGUCAGGCAGUGUGUUGAUGCAAAACUAGGAGAUGAGUACCCUCCCAAGGCAGUUGCUAAGUUUGCGGCCGUUGCAGCAUUGUGCGUUCAAUACGAGGCAGAUUUCAGGCCAAACAUGAGUAUUGUAGUCAAAGCUCUGCAGCCUCUGUUAAAUGCCCGACCUGGUCCUGGUGGUGAAGCACCAUAAACAGUAAAUCUCUCUCUCUCUCUGUGUUUCUGUGGGUUUUUUUCGUUGGUUCAUGUGCCAACACGUGAGCUGCAAAUUAUUAGCAAGGGAAUUAAUUUCCAGUAGGUGGUGGUGAUCAAUUUGUUUCCAAAAAGAAAACAGUGGGAUGGGAUACAUAAUUAUGAUUUUUAUUUGAUAUAUGAGGUGUAGACACUGCUUUUGCCUCUCA